GGCGCCUGGCCAGCUGAUGAUGACAGUUCCUGGUAGCUACUCGCUCUUCCGCGUCGGCUGAUAGUAAGGCUCGCCCGGGGAGCUGAAAAGCAAAGACUCCGCAUGAUCUUCCGAUCUUUCUUCGUGUUGCUGGUAGCGGCCGUCCUGCUACUGGGUGCGGGCAUCGGGGCUGCCACUUCUUCCCACGUCUUGCGCUAUUUCUUCACUGGUGUGUCAGAACUGGGCCACGGCCUGCCCCGGUUUGUCAUUGUGGGCUACUUGGAUGAUCAGCAGUUUGUCCACUAUGACAGUGACUCCCGGAGGGACUUGCCACGGGGGCCCUGGAUUCGGAAGGUGGAGGAAGACGAUGCCCAGUAUUGGGAGUGGCAAAGUCAGCUUUCCCACAGCUGGGAACUCUACUUCCAACUGAGCCUCUGGAACCGCUUCAACCACACUCCGGGGUUUCACACCUGGCAAUGGAUGCAUGGCUGUGAGUUACGACAAGACGGACGUAAAGAAGGCAGUUCUCAGUUUGGCUAUGAUGGGAAGGAUUUCCUCAGCCUGGAUAAACAGACUCUCACCUGGACAGCAGCUGACUGGCGGGCCCAGGUCACCAAGCAGAGGUGGGAGGCUGAUGUGGUCUGGACUCAAGGCCGGAAGAAUUUCCUGGAAGGAGAUUGCAUUGAGUGGCUGCAGAAAUACCUGAAUUACGGCAAGGAGUCCCUUCUCAGAAAAGAACCUCCUGUGGUCACAGUCACCCGGAAGGAGAGCUACGACGGACUGGAAAUCCUGAUCUGCCGUCUUUACGGUUUCUACCCCAAAGAUGUGGACGUCACUUGGAGGAAAAGUGGGGAAAUCUUGGAGGAGGAGACCUUCCGGGGUAGGAUCACUCCCAAUUCAGACAGGACCUACCACACCUGGCUCAGCAUUGAGAUCGACCCCAAGGAGAGAGAGCACUACAAAUGUCACGUAGAGCAUGACGGUCUUAUGAACCCCCAGGAUUUCUCCUGGGAGAAGCCAGUUUCAUCUGUAACAGGGAUCCUCGUGGGCAGUGUCCUAGGUGCUCUGGCUGCUGCUGUCUUGCUGGUAAUUGGGAUCCUAUUCUACACCAAAAAAUGGCGGAAGGCCUACCAAGCUGCAUCAAAUGUAGUGGAAUGACGCAUGAAUCUGGAUCAGAGGUUUCCCUGCUGAAGGCCACAACGGCAAUCUAGGAAAACGUUGGACUGGCUGGGUAGAUCGGGAUCUACACAUCUUCAUUUCUUUCCUUCUACUUCUUUGAUUCUGGCGAUCCACUGGGAGCGUUCACUGAUGCCGGAUUAAAUUUUCUUCCCUUGCACUUUGGCUUCGAUGGCGUGAGAACCAGCAUGAAAGACAUAAAAAGUGUGAUAAAGAUUACAUCGUGCAGGAUUAUCCUUGAUUGUUGUGAAUACCUAGCAGUUUUCAAGUGGCAUAUGUAACAGAUAACAGAUAAUCAGAGUUGGAAGGGACCUUAUAGGUC